AUGGCAGAGCCCUUCUCUCUGGCUUCCAGUGGCAUUGCCCUCAUUCACCUCGGCGUGAAGGUUUACAAGCUUUGCGAUGACUACUGCAAUGUAGUCAAGGAGAGCCAACAAGACUUCAAGAAACUGGGGGACGAGAUUAGGGGUAUCGACCGACAGCUGGGCGAAGUGCGAAGUCUUGCUGCACAAGGCGACGAGAACAAUCCGCUAUACCCUGAGCUUCUGGAAUGGACGAAAAAUCAAAGUUUGAAAGAUUAUAAGAGAGCCCUCGAGGAGCUGGAGAAAAAGUUAGAUGUUCCGGAAUGGAGGAAAUCCUCGAGGAAGUUCCUUUGGCCUUUUAGCAAACCCAAAAUGGAACGUUACCUGGGCUUGGUUGAAGAGCAGAGAUCGAAACUUCAUCUCUUGCUAUCCACAGCCACAACGUAGGUUAUACAUUCUUCAAUCCCCUUAGAAUCUGACUUCUCCGCUUCCUUUUCGUUUUGGCGGCAAGGCUAACUGGUUGUUUAGGAAGACGGUAACAAAGGUGUUACGAAAACUAGAUG